AUGUGGAUUGAUAGACCAAAAGAAGCUGGACAGCUUCAACAUCCCACAGUACACGCCGUCGCCGUUGGAAGUGGAAGCGGAGGUCCUCAAAGAGGGAUCCGCCUGGCAGUAUCGAAAGUGAGCUGGGAUUCUUACGCCGACGGCGGCGAGCUCAACGGCCGCUCCCGUGAAGUCCGGAGAGACGGCGGCUACAACGUAGCGAACUGCAUGAGGGCGGUGGCGGAGCCGCUGCUGGUGAGCCAGUUCGGUCCUGGGGAAGUCAUUGAUGACGAGGUUUUCAGGUGGUAUCGAGCCAUCGUGACGGAGCGGAUGGCCAAAGAGAAGACCGAGUUCGUCAACGUCAUUGUCUCCCUCACCAAGUCCCGGCGUUGUUAA